CUAUUGCUUUAUUUUUUUCUAAAGAAAACCAAUUUAGGUUUUUUUAAAUGGUUAACUGAAUUUAAAUGUGUGAGAAGAGCUUCUCGUGUAAAUGUUAUUAGUAGUUCACUCAUUAAAAGGGAUUUAGUGACCGAUGGUGACAAGGCUUAACGGCUAAAAUGUCUGACAAGUUUGAAGAGAAGAUUAAGAACUACAGGACGGCACCUUUUGAUGCCCGGUUCCCUAACACCAACCAGACCCGGAACUGCUACCAGAACUAUUUAGACUUCCACAGAUGUAACAAGGCUCUGUCAGCUAAAAACCAGGACACGGCUCCUUGUGAUUGGUACCGCAGGGUAUACAAGAGUCUCUGCCCCAUGAGCUGGGUCCAGAAAUGGGACGACCAGCUGGAAUCAGGAUCUUUUGCAGGGAGGAUUUGAAGAGAAAUCAUUCUUUCUUCUUUUCUUCUUCUGUUCUUCUUUUCGUCUUAUCAUCUCAACACGAAACAUUCCAGUAUUUCUGAAUACAAAGCUGCUAAAUAAAAGCUAUGAAAUUAUUUUUUUUUCUUGGUGUAUUUGUCUUUUACCUAAAAGUGUUAAGUGCUUCUUAAUAUCUUGUAAAUUUUUAUGAUUAUUACGGCAAUUAGUUUUCUGCCGUUUUUGAUUCCGUAUUAGUGCAUGUUUUGUGUUUUUGUGUUCAGCAGAAUAAAGGGAUACCUUAAAAAUGAAUAAACACAAUUAUAGCUUUCUUAUCACUAGAAGUCAGCUUACAUGAUGAUUCAGAAGUACAAAUUACCAAAAGAUUUCAAGCAACGGGUACCGGGGUAAAUUUAAAAAAAAAAUUAUUAAACUACCAGAAAUGACACUUGAUUCAAAAGUGAGGAGCAAUUUACACAUGUUCUGUUUUUUAAAAUGAUGGAAAAAAGUUUACCUCAACCAGAUGAAAACAACUGGUACCUACAUAAAUUCACGAAGGUUAUUUUAAUUGUAUUAUCACAACAUAACCUUUAUUUGUUCUAAGGCUUAAAUCUUCAGCCUUCCAAAUGUAUCCACACCUUUUGAUUGAUAUUUCUUUAUUUUGUCACAUUAAAAUCAUCUAUGUAACCUAUGUAUUUUUAGUUAAUUGUGAUUGUAUGUGUUAGAGCAAUAAAAGGUAGCACAUAAUACUUGGAAAAAAAGCUUAAAAACAGUAA